CGCGCGCUCUAAAGGAUGCUGCGCGAGGGGGAGGGGCGCGGCGGCGGCGGCGGCGGCGGCGGUGGCGGGGGGGGCUCUGUGUGUGCUGCGCGAGGAUGGAUGGUACCACCGGGGUCUGCUGAGAGCCAUGUUGGAGAUGAAUGGAAAGGCUGCGAUGCUGCGCCCCUGACGCCCAGAGCCCGACUCCAACCGAGCGCAGCGAGUAAAUGCGAGCGUACCGGGCCCGCGGAGACUCGGGGGAGCACGGGGGAAGGCGUGGGGUCGAGGCCGCGGGGUUGGAGACCUAGUCGGAGAGGGGGGGAAAGGGGGGAGAGACGUGCACGAUCUGACAGGAAGCGAGAGGGAGAAAGGGGGGAGAGGAAGGAUCUGACCAGACUAAUGGCUGCACUGCUGCUGGCAUCCAGCGUGCUCUCCAGACUCCUGCUCCUCCUGCUCCUCAGCCCUUUGUUCGCGCACAGCCGGGGGAAGAGCGCGGGCUCCUGCUGCCGGACCCACGGCUCGUGCUCCGCUCCUCCGCACUGGCUGCUGCUCCUGGCUGGGUGUGAUUCGGAGGCGCGAUCUGGGUGGAUCUCGCCGGCGUCGCUAUGCUGUUUCGCCGAGCGUCCGGACUGGGGCUGCGGUAGCCGACGGAACGCGCGCGGGGACACCGGCGGCUGCACGGAGAGCGGCGGAGGACGGCGGGGCUCGCGGGAUCAUCAUCAUGUGCUCGGACACCUCGAGCCAGAGCUCAACCUGACCAAGCUGCCCUACUCGGGGGAGACGGGCUCCGAAACGCCGAGCGCUAUGAAAGAACCAGGCCCUUCAGCACCUGUGACACGACGGACACUUCCAUCCGCCCUGCGCUUGUCUCUUCGGAGGAUUACAAAUAAGAUUAACAUCAACGGUGGUUCCCACAGUGCUUACCGAAAUAAUACAAAUACCACCACCUAUAUCAGCAGCAAUAGCAACAGUAAUAACAACAACAAUAAGAACAAGAGCGCCGAGCAGAGCCACCGUACGCUUUACAAAGAGUCGAAUGCUGGCAGGCAACAAGGAGCCCCUCAGCAAGGGCCCUGUGUACUUUCACAGCAGGGAGAGGCUCUGGUGGAGGGGCUGCACACUGCGAGCACUGACAGCUCCGCUUGCAACAGCUUAAACACCGGUAUGGAAGCCACGCGCCUGCAAUUAAAACCCGGCAAAUCAGGGGCGUUGCAGCGCAGAGGUGUCAGUCAACACUGGGAGCAGCUGGGGGACUGGGCACAGGGGCUUGGGAGGCAGGGCAAGGAGCGAGAGAGGGGGGUGGGAGAUGGACAGGUGGACGAAGGAGUGGGCGAAAGUCACCCUGAAACGGAGGAGUGGAAAAAACGGAAAAGUCCCGGCAGGACAAAGGGAGCAAAACGGACAGACGUGAUGUUAGAAAGAGAGGAGAACAAAGGUCGGGAGAACAGCACAGGGGCGGCCAAAGGCGGAGACUGGGACUGGAAUAGGAGUUGGGAGGGAGAGGACAGAAAAGACACAUCUGGACUGGAUAGCAGCCUGGCAAUGCUGGGUGAGAGCACAGAGGCUGAUAAGAACAGAGAAGGAGGAAGCGACAAGGCUAUUAAAGAACAUGAGGAAAUGGAGGAGAGGCAGAGUGACAGACAAAAUAUUGAAGAGCGAGAAAACCUCCCUGUCACUCCUGGCCGCUAUCGUCGGGCAGCAAAUAGGCACCCCCACUUCUCACAGUAUAACUACCAGGUGCAGGUGGCAGAAAACCAGCCUCCGGGCACCUCUGUGAUCGCCAUGGUAGCGCAGGACCCUGACCCUGGGGAGGCAGGACGUCUCAGUUAUAGCAUGGCCCCACUCAUGAACAGCAGAUCCAUGGACUUGUUCCACAUAGAUCAAACCACCGGCUUGCUGACCACCACCAAGGUGCUUGACCGCGAGGUCAUGGAUCUGCACUACUUUAGGGUCACUGCCACAGAUCAUGGCUCACCCCGGCUCUCAGGUACCACCAUGGUGGCCAUCACUGUUUCAGACCGUAAUGACCACUCGCCCGUGUUUGAGCAGACCGAGUACAGGGAGACAAUCCGUGAAAACGUGGAGGAAGGGUACCCCAUCCUGCAGCUGCGUGCUACUGAUCUCGAUGCCCCCUCCAAUGCGAACAUCCGCUACCGCUUUGUGGGAAACACCUCUGCAGUGCGCACUGCUUUUGAUAUCGAUCCCCGGUCAGGGCUUAUUACAACGCGAGGGCCUGUCGACCGGGAGACCACUGAGAGCUAUACUUUACAAGUGGAAGCCAGUGACCAGGGCAGGGAUCCUGGUCCCCGCUCUACCACAGUAAGGGUCUUCAUCACCGUGCUGGAUGAGAAUGACAAUGUGCCGCAGUUCAGCGAGAAGCGGUAUGUGGUGGCGGUACGUGAGGAUGUGCGGCCACAUUCCGAAAUUCUUCGCAUCAGUGCCUCAGAUCGUGACAAGGACAACAACGCUGCAGUGCACUACAACAUCAUCAGCGGGAACAGCCGUGGCCAGUUUUCCAUUGACAGUGUCACUGGGGAGAUCCAGGUGGUGGCUCCACUAGACUUUGAGGCAGAAAGGGAGUACACACUCAGGGUGCGUGCUCAGGACAACGGGCGCCCUCCACUUUCCAACAACACUGGCAUUGUGAGCGUGCAGGUAACCGAUGUCAACGACAACCCACCCAUCUUUGUGUCUACUCCUUUCCAGGCCUCCGUGCUGGAAAGUGCCCCUGUGGGCCACUCAAUACUGCACAUACAGGCCAUAGACACUGAUUCAGGUGACAAUGCGCGGCUCGAGUACCGGCUGACGGGCACCAGCCCUGACACUCCUUUUGUGAUCAACUCAGCAACAGGUUGGGUGACGGUGAGCUCUGCGUUAGAUCGUGAGGCCGUAGAGCAUUAUUUCUUUGGCGUGGAGGCACGGGACUAUGGCACACCGCCUCUGUCAGCUUCUGCUAGUGUCACUGUCACAGUGAUGGAUGUCAAUGACAACCGGCCCGAGUUCCUGCAGAAGGAGUACUAUGUACGUUUGAAUGAGGAUGCAGCAGUUGGCACAAGCGUGGUCAGCGUGACCGCAAUCGACCGUGAUGUCAACAGUGCAGUUACCUACCAGAUCACUGGUGGCAAUACACGCAACCGCUUUGCCAUUAGCACGGUGGGAGGGGCUGGCUUACUCUCACUAGCACUGCCACUUGACUACAAGCAGGAACGCCGCUACAUACUGACCGUAACUGCCUCUGACCGUACACUGUAUGACACCUGUCAGGUGCAUGUCAACAUCACUGAUGCCAACACUCAUCGGCCGGUGUUCCAGAGUGCGCACUACUCUGUGAGUGUGAAUGAGGACCGGCCACCAGGAAGUACAGUUGUGGUUAUUAGCGCUACUGAUGAGGACAUGGGCGAGAAUGCUCGCAUCACGUACUUCUUGGAAGACAACAUUCCACAGUUCCGCAUCGAUCCUUCUAGUGGUGCUAUCACUCUCCUCACAGAACUUGACUAUGAGGACCAAAUGACCUACACGCUGGCCAUCACUGCACGUGACAAUGGCAUCCCGCAGAAGUCAGACACCACCUAUGUGGAGGUGAAUGUGAACGACGUCAACGACAAUGCACCUCAGUUCCUGAGUCCGCGUUACCAAGGCACUGUGACAGAGGAUGCCCCACCCUUCACCAGCGUCCUCCAGAUCUCGGCCAAUGACCGCGAUGCCCAUGCAAACGGCCGUGUGCAGUACACCUUUCAGAAUGGCGAAGAUGGGGAUGGCGAUUUCACCAUUGAGCCCACCUCGGGCAUUGUGCGCACAGUUAGGCGCCUGGAUCGCGAGAGCAUACCCUUUUAUGAACUGACUGCCUACGCUGUGGACCGUGGUGUUCCUCCCCAACGCACUCCUGUGAACAUCCAGGUCACAGUGCUUGAUGUCAAUGACAAUGCGCCUGUCUUCCCAGCAGAUGAUUUUGAGGUUCUGGUGAAAGAAAAUAGUGCUGUUGGGUCGGUUGUGGCCCAGAUCACUGCCAAUGACCCUGAUGAGGGUCCAAAUGCCCAGAUCAUGUACCAAAUUGUGGAAGGAAACAUCCCUGAAAUAUUUCAGAUGGACAUCUUCUCUGGGGAGCUGACCUCACUCAUUGAUCUAGACUAUGAGGUGCGCUCUGAGUAUGUUAUUGUGGUGCAGGCAACCUCUGCUCCCCUAGUAAGCCGUGCCACAGUACGGAUACGUCUAGUAGACCAGAACGACAAUGGCCCUCUGCUGCAGAACUUUCAGAUCAUUUUCAACAACUUUGUGUCGAAUCGGUCCAACAGCUUUCCCAGUGGUGUGAUUGGGCGUGUCCCUGCUCAUGACCCUGAUGUAUCAGACCGAUUGUACUACUCUAUCGACCGCGGUAAUGAGCUGCACUUGUUGCUGCUUAACCACACCAGUGGAGAGAUCCGCCUUAGCCGCAAGCUGGACAACAAUCGGCCGCUGGUGGCUACCAUGAUGGUUUCUGUCACAGAUGGGAUCCACAGUGUCACGGCACAGUGUGUGCUCAGGGUGCUGAUCAUCACCGAGGACAUGCUGAGCAGCAGUGUGACUGUCCGCCUUCAGAACAUGUCCCAGGAGCACUUCCUGUCUCCGCUACUUGGCCACUUCCUGGAGGGCGUGUCCGCUGUGCUUUCUGUUCCCCCAGAGGAUGUCUUUGUCUUCAACAUCCAACCAGAUAGCGAGGCAGAGGGCAUCCUGAAUGUCAGCUUCUCGGCUGCCCUUCCAGGAGGCCACUUCUUUCCCUCGGAGGCCCUUGAAGAGCAGCUGUACCUGAAUCGACCACGCCUCACCUCUUUGGCCCAGAUGGAGGUCCUGCCCUUCGAUGACAAUGUAUGCCUCCGUGAACCGUGCCAGAAUUAUAUGAAGUGCAUCUCAGUGCUGCGCUUCAACAGCUCCGCCCCCUUUAUCGCCUCGCCCACCAUUUUGUUUCGGCCCAUCCACCCCAUCGCUGGACUGCGCUGCCGCUGCCCUCCAGGCUUCACCGGUGACUACUGUGAGACAGAGAUCAAUCUGUGCUAUUCAAACCCCUGCCUCAAUGGGGGUCUGUGCACACGGCGAGAGGGGGGCUACACCUGCAUCUGUCACGAGGACUACACAGGUGAGCGCUGUGAGUGGAACAGGCGUAAAGGCCGCUGCGUGCCAGGCGUGUGCCGGAAUGGGGGGACGUGUCGGGAGCUGUCUGGAGGGGGCUUCCGCUGUGAGUGCCCCGCAGGGGGGUACGAGAGGCCCUACUGCGCAGUCACAGCCCGCUCCUUCCCACCUAAGUCCUUCAUCAUGUUCCAUGGGCUCCGGCAGCGGUUCCACCUCUCUAUCUCUCUUUCAUUUGCGACCUUGGAACGCCGUGCCCUCCUUCUGUACAAUGGCCGUUUCAAUGAGAAGCAUGACUUCCUGGCUCUGGAGAUUAUAGACGGACAGGUACAGCUCAAGUUCUCCACAGGUGAAUCUUCCACCCAGGUAAGCCCUUACCUACCUGGUGGAGUAAGUGAUGGCAACUGGCACACGGUUCACAUCCACUAUUCCAACAAGCCCAAGCAGAGCCUCAGUGGGGAGAGCCAGGGCCCUUCCAAUGAGAAAGUAGCCAUUCUCAGUAUAGAUGACUGCGACACAGCUGUGGCUCUGAGCUUUAGCCAGCAACUGGGCAACUACAGCUGUGCGGCACAGGGCCGCCAGACCAGCUCUAAGAAAUCUCUGGAUCUCACCGGGCCGCUGUUUUUGGGUGGAGUGCCCAACCUCUCCGAGAAUUUCCCCUUUGUGACUCGAGAAUUCAUUGGCUGCAUGAAAGACCUGCACAUCGACAGUCGGCCCCUGGACCUGGCUGGCUACAUCGCUAACAACGGCACACUCCCAGGUUGCAGCGCCAAGCUUCCUUUCUGCAAGUCGAACCCUUGUCAGAAUGGAGGCACAUGCAGGGUGAGCUGGGAGACCUUCUCCUGUGACUGCCCCCUAGGGUUCGGAGGGAAGGACUGCAGCUCAGUUAUGAGUCACCCUCACCAUUUCCCAGGAAACGGUGCCCUGUGGUGGGACCUGAAGAAUGACUUUACCAUCUCCACCCCCUGGUACCUGGGGCUGGUGUUCCGCACACGCACGCUGGACGGAGUUCUGCUACAGGCACAGGCGGGGCAGUACACCAGUCUGGUAUUCCAGCUGGCGGCAGGGCAGCUGGUGUUCUCAGUGAGCCGGGGCUCCACCCGCCCCGUUCGUCUGCGCUUGGACCAGGUGCAGGUGAAUGACGGGCGCUGGCAUGACCUGCAGCUGGAGCUGCGUGAUGUCCACAGCGGCCGCGAGACUCGCUAUGUGGCUACUGUCCGCCUCGACUUUGGCCUCUUUCAGGGAACAGUGAUUGUGGGAAAUGAACUUCAUGGCCUGAAGGUGAAACACCUGCAUGUGGGUGGAGUGCUGGGUGCAGGGGAGGUGCAGAGUGGUGUGAGGGGGUGCAUCCAGGGUGUGCGUUUAGGGGUGAGGCCGGACGCCCCUGCCCUACCCCGCCCAACCCGAACCGUGAAAGCCGAACCAGGAUGCAAUGUGGGGAACCCCUGUGUCUCCUCCCCAUGCCCUGCCCACAGUCGCUGCGAUGACCAGUGGGAGCGGUACACCUGCGUGUGUGAGCCAGGUUUUUAUGGUAAAAGCUGUUUGGACGCCUGCGAACUCAACCCAUGUGAGAACCAAGCAAAGUGUCACCGUAAACCGAACUCGUCCCACGGCUACAUCUGCGACUGUGGGGACAACCACUACGGCCAGUAUUGCCAAUUCAAGAGUGACCAGCAGUGUCCACGUGGUUGGUGGGGCACUCCCACUUGUGGACCAUGUAGCUGUGAAACAAGUAAAGGCUUUGACCCGGACUGCAACAAGACCACAGGCCAGUGUCACUGCAAGGAGUUCCACUACCGCCCCCGAGGAAGUGACACCUGUCGGCCCUGUGACUGCUACCCCGUGGGCUCCUUUUCGCGCUCCUGUGACCUGGAGAGUGGCCAGUGCCAGUGCCGUCCCGGUGUGAUCGGGCGCCAGUGCAACGCCUGCGACAACCACUUUGCUGAGGUCACACAGACAGGCUGCGAGAUCGUCUAUGAUGGCUGUCCUAAGACUAUCACGAUGGGAAUCUGGUGGCCGAGGACGAAGUUCAGUCUGCCAGCAGCUGUGCCGUGUCCUAAAGGCUCUGUGGGCACAGCGAUACGGCACUGUGAUGCAGAAAGGGGUUGGCUGGCACCAGAUCUCUUCAACUGUACGUCUCCUUCCUUUGUGGAGCUGAAUGCAGCGUUGGAGUCAGUGGAGAGGAAUGAGACAGAGCUCAGCACUAUCAUGGAGAAGAAGCUAGCCUAUCAGCUGCGUGAUGUCACCGAGGCAACACCCCGCCUCUAUGGCAAUGACCUGCAGAUCGCUGAUCGUCUGCUCUCCCGCCUGCUCAACUUUGAGAACCAGCAGACUGGCUUCGGUCUGACUGCCACACAGGAUGCCCACUUCAAUGAAAAUAUCUUGCGGAGCUGCAGUGCAUUGUUGGGGCUGACCACAGCAGGGCUGUGGAGAGGGCAGGGGGUUGUGGGUGAACGGGAAGCUGGGGGCCUGGUGCAACUGCUGGAGCAGUAUGCUCGCACCCUUGCCCAGAAUAUGAAACUCACAUACCUGAACCCUGUGGCCCUGGUGGCACCCAACAUUGUGAUGAAUCUGGACCGUGUGGAGAACCACACCCAUGUGCGCAGACGCUUUCCUCGAUACCAUAACACCCUGUUCCGAGGGCAGGCUCUGUGGGACCCUCACACUCAUGUGGUGCUGCCCCCCAGUGCCCUCGUGCCACAGGGACAGCCAGCUCUUCCCAGCACUCCCCCCACCCCAGUAAAUGUCCCAGGUAAUCACACUGCAGAUUCUGUGCCCCCCAAGCGCUCUGUUUUGACGCCUGAGCCACCCAUCAGCAUCAUCAUCCUGCUGAUCUACCGCAGCCUGGGAGCUGUCCUCCCGGCCAGAUACUACACAGACCGCCGUGGAGUCAGGCUGCCCAGGCAUCCAGUGAUGAACUCCCCCAUUGUUACGGUGUCCGUCUACAACAAUCAGUCUUUCGUGGAGGGGCUGCUGGACUCCCCACUGCUGCUGGAGUUCCGCCUGCUGGAGACGUCCAACCGCAGCAAGCCCCUGUGUGUGCAAUGGAACCAUAGCAGACAGGCUGACGUUGGCGGCUGCUGGACUAUCAGAGACUGCAGUGUUGUGUAUAGAAACACGUCCCAUGUCCGCUGUCAGUGUCAGACCCUGGGAACCUUUGGAGUCCUGAUGGACAGCUCCCAUCGUGAGCAGUUGGAGGGGAAUCUAGAGACGCUGGCGAUCGUGAUGUAUUCGUCCCUCUCCGUGUCCCUACUGGCUCUGCUGGUGACUGUGGUUGUGCUGUCCUGCCUGCGGGGACUGAAAUCCAACACCCGCAGCAUUCACUCAAACAUCGCUGCCGCCAUCUUCCUGUCUGAGCUUGUUUUCCUGCUGGGCAUCAACCAGACCGAGCAGCAGUUCCUGUGCACUGUCAUCGCCAUCCUCCUGCACUACUUCUUCAUGGCCACGUUUGCCUGGCUAUUCGUGGAAGGCCUGCACAUCUACCGCAUGCAGACUGAAGUGCGCAACAUCAACCACGGAGCCAUGAGGUUCUACUAUGCCAUUGGCUGGGGUGUUCCUGCCAUUAUAACAGGGCUGGCAGUGGGUCUUGAUCCAGAGGGAUACGGGAAUCCAGACUUCUGUUGGAUCUCUGUCCAUGACAAGCUCAUCUGGAGCUUUGCCGGCCCCAUUGGCAUCGUGAUCGUGAUGAACAGUGGGAUGUUUCUGAUUGUGGCGCGCAUGUCCUGCAAUCCAACGCAGAAGGAGACCAAGAAGCAAUCUGUGAUUACCACAGUGCGCAAUGCCUUCAUACUGCUCCUUCUGGCCACUUCUUCCUGGUUCUUUGGUCUUAUGGCUGUCAAUAACAGUGUUCUGGUCUUCCACUACCUCUUCACUGUACUGUGCUGUCUGCAGGGCCUGGCAGUGCUGUUGGUUUUCUGUCUACUAAACUCAGAGGUACAGGAGGCCUGGAAACUGGCCUGUCUGGGGAAGAAGAGCUUGAACGAAGAUCCCCCUCGUCCCCCACAGAUCACAGGUCCGAAUUCCUACAAUGGUGCCUCCCUGCUGGAGCAGAGUGGACUCCACCGCAUCACUUUGGGGACGUCCACUAUCUCAUCCGUCAGCAGCGCGCGGGAGAACUUGCUUGCGCGACAGACUCUGGAGCACAACCUGGGCCACACAGGAGCCACGGAUCUGGAUGUGGCCAUGUUCCACAGGGACAAAGGUGAAGACUCGGACUCUGACUCAGACCUUUCUCUAGAGGAGGAGCGCAGUCUCUCCAUCCCGUCCUCCGAGAGUGAGGACAAUGUCCGCCUACGUGGACGCAUCCAGCGACGCUUCAAACGCACCAAUCACAGUGAGCGGUUGCUCACAGAGCCCGCCCAGAAUGGUACCAAAGACCUGGAUGGCAAUGACCUGCUCUCCUAUUGGCCAGCGCUGGAGGAGUGUGAGGUCCACUCGCUGCAGAAGUGGGGCUCAGAGCGGCGCCUGGGGGCUGACUUCAGCAAGGAUGCUGCCAACAACAACCAGCUUGAUGCAGCUCUGACCAGUGGGGAUGAGAACGGCCUGACGCAGCCUCACCGCAACCGGAGGGGGAUUCUGAAGAACCGCCUGGGCUGUCCUCCAGGCUUACAAGGAUUGUCUUCGAUGGGGAAUGUCCCCAGUGAGCUGUCCUGGUACCGAACGUCUACCCUGGGCCACCGGGCAGUUCCAGCAGCCUCUUAUGGCCGCAUGUACUCGGGGACGGGUUCGCUAUCUCAGCCUGCCUCGCGCUACUCCUCCAGGGAGCACCUAGACUCCAUGGCCCGGCGGCAGUUCUCCCGUGACCCGCUGUGCCGCCAGGACCGGCUGGAGCACACGCCUCACAGCCAACAUGGCUCGCGUGAGAACCUGGACCUGCUGCCACGCCGCCGCGACCUGGGCCUGGACCGGGCCUCUCGGGAAAACUUGAGCAGUUCCCGUGACCGGCUGGAGCCCCAGAGCUCGCAUGCCUCCCGCGAGGACCUCAGGGAGGGGCACCUAGGAGGGUCUCGCUCGCAGCUCAAUACUCUGUUGCGCAGACAGUUCUCCCGUGAGCUGCUAGGGGGGCCCCUGAUGAGCGGCCGCUCACGGGAGCAGCUGGAGCCUGGUGGGGGAGUCGGGGCGGUGCAGCCUUGCAGGGAAUGGCUCCGGACCUUACCCCCCCGACAAGCCUCGCACCCCGAGCAGCCCCUGCCGCCUUCUCCCCCUCCCCCCAUCGCAGAGCAGCAGGAGCCCCUGGAUCCCCAGGAUGCCCCCCCUGGCCGGGGGCGGCUGGACUCCACCCCGCCUUGUAGGUACCCGCCCCCACCUGCCCCGCCUAGUCGACACACGUCCAAUGAGCACCUGGAUAUCCUCUCCUCCAUCUUGGCCUCCUUCAGCUCCUCCGUGCUCGCCCCCCCGAGCCCUGCCUUGGGGCCAUCCCCCUCCCCCCCUCACUCUGCUACCUCCCACAGCAUCUCUGAGAUUUCCCCCGACUCGGAAGUCAACAGAAGUGAAGGACAGUCUUGAUGACGCCCUCUGGACCCUACAAUGCUUCAUCUCUACCUUGGCAGCUUGGGAAAGAACAAGAUCCUGGCAAUGCUGCAACCUUCUGGGACUCAGGAGGACAUUUUUCUAGAGAUGGCAUUGAGAUGUUUGAGGGAGGAGUAGGAGUUGUGGAUGAGUAAAAAAUGUGUGAGCGAGCGAGCGUCCAACAUGUCUGUGGCCACUGAGAGAAACAGGAAGAGACAGACUGGACACAUCUGUCUCUGUAGGAGGGAGAAAAGGACAGCCAUGCAGUGUUUUUACCUAGUCUGUUGACUUUAAUCAUGGGGAGCGAGGGAGGGUAGCCACCAUGUUCACAGCCUGAUGAACCAUGACCUCAGAUUCUGUAUGCGGUUGAUAAACGGGGGGGGGGGGGGGUAUGAUUCACAAAAAAGAAGUUGUAAAUAACUUUUUUAUAC